AUGUUCAGAAACCCGCGAGAGAACUGCGAGCUCCCUGACAUUGCUCAAGGACCACCUUCGACCGGCCGUGCACCCUCGCCACCCCGCUCGUCUUCGAGAGUCGCAGCCAUGACCGCCAGAACCAUGACGAAAGAAGCUCCGCCAAAAGCAAUUUCUACUCCCCCGCCGCCAAAGCGGACACAGACGACAUUGGUCGCCAAGGAAUGGGCAGGCAAAGCAGCAGCGAGCAAUGCCAGGAACAAGUCGAAGCCACAGAGGCCUGCGAAUGGCAACAUCAUGGCGUUCUUUAAGAAGGCUGAGGAUAUCAAUAACCGAAUCUUCUUGCAAGAACGUGGCUCAAACCCAACAAUUGAGCUCGAUGGUGCAGAGGAAGACGUUGGGUGGAGUGAUCAGCUCAACAACGGCGUCAUGACUUGCACGGACAACGAUGACAUAAGAUACAACGAGAACGAGGGCAGCAAUAAGAAGAGGAAGCUGAGCGAAAAUCUGGAAGCUCCAGCAUGUUCACCACCCCCACCGGAGGCUUCCAAUGCCCCGGCCGCUGAAGCUCCGGCAAGAAAAGCGCCAGAGUUGUCGAAGCCACGGACGAAGCCUGGGCCUUUCGUUGACGAUUCAGACGAAGAUGAAGACGAGGCAGAAAUGCUCAUACGGAGAAGAGGUACGAUCAAACAGGAGCCUACAGGAGAUUCAUCGAGUUCUAAACCCUUGGAGGACACAUUAUCCACAGAUAACAUACCAGCGACGACUGAUUACGCACUACCACGAUUGAAGAUGGAAGAAACAUCGAAAUUCGGUCGAGACGAGUUCGAUGAGGCUGACCUCGAGAAUGAUGAUUUUCUCGAAGGCGAAGAGUACAACGAGCGGCGGUGGAUGAAGGAGCAGAGAAGAUUAGGGAUAGAUGCGGCAGGUUUUGAGGGAGAUCUGGACGAUUCCGACGCACCCGCAUUAUUCCCCGAGGAAUUGAUCGACGACGACGCGAACAAGGCAACGAACGAUGAUGACGCGCAGGCCUGCCCUUUGUGCAGCAGUAGUCUCAAGGGCUUGUCAGAACAAGAGAGCUUGGUGCAUGUCAACGCAUGUCUAGAUGGAAAGCCGAUACCACUACCUUCGCCGGUCAAGGCUGAACGAGAUAACACACCCACGCCAGUACCCAAUGCCAAAGCGUUUAAGCGGGCACCAAGACCACCAAAGGAGGCCCAGGCGAAUCCUUUCCAAUUAGGAGUGAAGCCAGGUGUCGCACCAACAACCGCGUUUUCAAAGCUCAUGGCUGGACACGCCGAGGACGCUGCUUGGGCAACGGCGGCUGCAGCUAACAACGCAGCGAGAGGAAAGCCUGCCUUCGAGCGCACAUGUCCUUUCUACAAGAUCAUGCCUGGCUUUUUCAUCGCAGUAGAUGCCUUUCGCUACGGAGCCGUCAAGGGACAGAAUGCGUACUUUCUCAGCCACUUCCACAGCGAUCAUUACAUUGGCUUGACAUCAUCGUGGUCACAUGGGCCUAUCUAUUGCAGCAAAGUCACGGGCAACCUUGUGAGACAACAAUUACGUGUCGACUCCAAAUGGGUAGUGGAUCUGGAAUUCGAGAAGAAGACGGAGAUCCCCGGCACGGAGGGUGUGCACUGCACCAUGAUCUCGGCGAAUCAUUGUCCUGGCAGUUCUCUGUUCUUAUUCGAGAAGGAACUCAGCAAAGGUCCCAAGCCCAAGCUGCAACGGGUCCUUCACUGCGGCGACUUCCGGGCCUGCAAAAUGCAUGUUGAGCACCCGCUCUUGAGGCCAGAUGUCAUUGACGCAGUCAGUGGUGCCAGCAGACAGCAGAAACUGGAUGUGUGCUACCUUGAUACGACUUAUCUUACCCCGAAGUACGCCUUUCCGCCUCAGCAGCAAGUCAUCCAAGCCUGCGCAGACAUGUGUGUGUCGCUGAACAGGGUUCGCGCAGACGAGUCUGAUGGCUGGGAGCAGAUGAAGCGCGACCGCGCUGGUGCGGGCAUGACUAAAUUUGUACACAAGAGCUCGACCGAGAGUCCAGACAAGAUGCCUACGUCUCCAGACCGCGGCCGACUUUUAGUCAUCGUAGGAACCUACAGCAUCGGCAAGGAACGCAUCUGCAUUGGCAUUGCCAAAGCUCUAGGCUCGCUCAUCUACGCACCUCCUAACAAACAACGCAUCUGCCGCGCUUUAGAAGACCCUGAGCUGAACGCGUUACUUACUACAGACCCACGCAAGGGACAAGUGCAUAUGACACCACUGUUCGAGAUCCGCGCCGAUACACUAGACGACUACCUCAGCGAUUAUGCCGAUACGUUCUCUCGCGCCAUUGGGUUUCGCCCCAGCGGAUGGAACUACCGUCCUCCAAACUCCCGCUUUACUGACUCGCCUCUUGUGUCUUCUGUCUUGCACUCCAAUAAUUGGAAGUCGACAUUCAGCAUGAAGGACCUGUCACCGCAACGAGGAAGCACCGGUCGGGCAAGCUGCUUUGGCGUGCCAUACUCCGAGCACAGCAGUUUCAGGGAGCUGACGAUGUUCUGCUGUGCGCUCAACAUUGACAAGAUCAUUCCUACUGUAAAUGUUGGCUCGGGGAAGAGUCGAGAGCGCAUGAAAGGCUGGUGCGAGAAGUGGGCGGUGGAGAAGAAGAAGAACGGUCUGUUCAAGCUUGGAGAAGAUAGCUGGUGCUGA